ACAAACUCCUGCAGCUGUCGUGAUGCACUAUGGGACGUUGGGUCGUGCUUCGCUCCAAUACAAGAUGGCUGACACUUGUUAGUAGUGUAUUAUCAUUUUAUCGAAUGUGCAUUUUUAUAAAAAAAUCAGUGCCUUCGCGUUCAAGUACAGUGCGUGCACGUUUACAUAACGAGCAGAGAAAUAGUCUUCCUCUUUUUUACUAAAUAGUCACGCGUAUGUAUCAUGUAUCGUCGGGAGGCUUCAAAAUGUGCCGUGAAAGUGCUACAGGCAGAAUAAUUACCCGUCACCAGCCAUAUUCAUAUGUGUUCUUUUGUUAUGACAAUUGUGAUAUAAUUCUUGUGGAAUAUAGUGCCAAGGUGAAGUGAUAUCUCGCUUUGCUGCGCUUCCACCCCGUUGCUGGUGUUUCGUACAAGAUUCGUCCCGCUACGAAAUACAUUAAAUGAAAGGUCAUACAGUCGCGUUGCAGCCGGGGCAGAGGUGAGGGGAGGCCAGGCGGAGAUCGAAGGAGGGAUGAAUGGAACGGCGGCGUUGCGUCGCAGCGUCGGGGGUGGCGGAAGCGCCACCGGGGGUGGAACUGUCGAACCAGCACCCGUCGCCACCCUCGUCGUCUACAAGGAUGAGGCCGGAUACGGGAUGAAAGUCUCCGGCGAUAACCCCGUCUAUGUUCAAUCUGUGAAGGAAGGCGGUGCAGCUGCGAGAGCUGGCCUUCACGCGGGCGACAAAAUCAUCAAGGUUAACGGCAUGAAUGUAAUGCAGUCCACGCAUACGGAUGUUGUACAGCUCAUAAAGUCUUCGACGCAGGUGGUACUGACGGUGCAGCAGAAGCCAGUCGGGACGAGCAGCUCGGCGACGACGGGGCUACAGGUCGGUCAGCAUCAACGGCCAGUUAGUUUGUCAGCCGGCACCACAAUGGUGUCACCCUCGCAGCCAGCUACUUCCUUGCACAGAGCGUCAACUGCACCGGCGGCCGGUUCCUGCAACGCGCGUAUCACCGGUCCUCAGCCCGUUGACCACGAGAAAUUGCGGCAACUGGAAACUGAACGCGCUCAUACAUUCCAGCUGAUGUUGGAGAAGGAACAAAGCUACGUUGAUAAGCUCCGUAGCGAACUUGCAAAAGCCAGCACUGGUAGCAGUAAUGUUAACGUCGUGGCAGUGCAAGCGGAAUUGGCGGGUGCUGAAAGAAGAGUUCGCACCCUGCAGGAACAGCUAGCCACGAUUACUACCAAUGAACAGCUUUGCUCGUUGGUAACAAACACCUCGUGUUCCCCGGGUUAUUAUUCACCUUUGAGUAGUAGCAGUGGUGAUGUACCACCGCCUCUACCGUCUCGUAAAUCCCUGUCCAUGCAAAGUCUGUCUCCGCCACCAUUGCCUCCCAGACCUCCGCCUACUACAAACACGCACAACGUAGCCCAGUUGGAGCUGGAACGUCAUCUGUUGACUCAUUUAACGCCCUCAACCACCAGUCAUGGCAUACCUAACUCUCUUUCACAAGGUGCGAAUUUGGGUUCCUCGAAUUCGCUCAAUAAGCAUCAGCGAACAAAAUCUAGCCCGGAACAAUUGGGAACAACAACUAUAUCUCCAUCAGAAGCUAGUAGACGUUUAAUAGCAUCGGAAUCAAUGCACGAUCUUUCCCCUCCGAGGCAUAUAAGACAUAGCGACAUCGAUAUUGACGAAUUACCUCAUAUCACACCUCCAGGAACUCCACCUCCACCGUAUCCGGUUGCUAGUCCAGGAAACGAUACUUCCAAUUCAACUAUGAACGAUACGAUAUUAAAUGACAGUAUCCCUGGAUUACCAACAUUACAGCAGCCUAUCAUGUCGAUGGAAGAUGAUGAUAUGAGCGAUCAGGAAGUUGGACAGUUGGAAGAUCAUGGUCCAUUUAAAUCACUAUCUCGAUUAUGGGGACAUCAUGCGCAUCUUGCUGUAUUUAUUAAUUACGUUUUAUCAAACAGUGAUCCCUCCAGUCUGCUGUUCUAUUUAAUAACCGAUUUGUACAAAGAAGGUAAUGCAAAGGAAAUGAGAAAGUGGGCAUACGAAAUUCAUUCUAGUUUUUUAGUACCUGGUGCACCUCUUCGUCUGCAUAAUGUAGACGAAAACGUAGCACACGAAAUAGAUGAUGUCCUUUUGAAGGAAUUCGAUAAAGAAGAGAUUUUACGAAAAAUCUUUUGGAAAGCACGUACGCGUGCGAAGGAAGAACUUAACGAGCAACUUGCAGACUUUCAACAAAAGAGAACCGCCGGAUUGGGCACGUUAUUCGGUCCAAGCGAUGCUCAACUGGAUGAAAGUGGAUCUGACAAGGCGCGAGAAACGAAAAUCAUUGAAACAUACCUCUUACCUAAAAUGGAGCCUUAUUUAGAAGAUAUUGAUAAAGAGCACGUAGACUUGCGACAAUUUACAACAGCGGCUGGUCUAGCGACAAUAUUAACAAAAAUUUUCCAAGUCCGACCAGUGUCGCUCGAUCGAGUACCUACUUUCGUUGCGAAAGAUAAGUCGAAUCUGAAAGCACGCUUGCUCACGGGGAAAACAAGGAAAAUGACAAUCAGGGGUCAUCAUUUUGUAGCUCAUCAAUACUUUACUAUCACUUACUGCAAUCACUGUCAACUCAUCAUUGGCGGAAUUGGACCCCAAGGAUAUUUGUGUAGUGUUACAGAUUGUUCACUAAGUGUUCAUCGUCAGUGUGUUCGUGUGGUAGAAGAAAAUUGUCCAGGACCGCUGGUGAGGAAGGAAAAAGGCAACGAUCGUAUAAGUAAAUUGAUGGAGCGUAUUAGGCCUGAAAGAAAACCACCAUCAUCCCAUCAUCAUCAUCACCCCCAAAAUCAUAUGCUUCAUGAUAGGAUUAGGAGGAGCGAGGAUGAUUGUGGUGCGCUGACUGAUGGAGAAAAUGGAGAACAUCGCGGGGGCGGCAUAGCCGGAAACGCGCGUAGUAGUAGCGAAAGAGGACGCAUUUCCGCUUACAGUGGAGUCCCCGAUCACGCCGAUAAUAUGGACAAUCCUUCCUCGCGGGAAGAUAUUUCUGAAAUGGUGCAGCAAAAUAUUUCCAGUAAGCCAAAGACGUCAAACAUAAACAGGUCUGAAAGUUACAAGGAGCGGAUACACCACAAGCGACAGCUACGAGAAAAGAGGAAGACCAGCGAUCCGAAUCUGUCCAAAACUAAUGACUGCGAUCCGGCCGGCUCGUUUCCUGGGAAUUCGGCGGGCAGUUCGUCGAACAGCAGCUUGUCGACGAGAAGCCUGGACAGUCCGAGUACCAGCCUGGAGCAGGUACACCCAGCCACCUCUGCGACGAACACAUCGACUUCGUGGGACAGCGAUGUUGACGUUGAGCCAGAUCCACCGGACUGGAGCCAAGGUGUCGCCGAGGAGGUCCUCAUGCGCCUCAGCAACGCGGAGAAGAAACGACAGGAAGUUAUCAAUGAACUCUUUCACACGGAACGAUCUCACGUACGAGCGCUGAGAGUGCUGUCGCAUGUCUUCCACAAGCCGCUCCUCGAAUCUCAAGCGCUUCCAUUAGACCAAAUACAAUUACUAUUCUCCAAUCUGGACGAAAUGAUGACGAUCCAUUCGCGGUUCAAUCAAGCUAUGAAACGCAAGAAGAAGGAAAAUCCUUGCGUAGGCGAUGUCGGAGAUCUACUGUUAGAUAUGUUCGACGGCGAGAACGGUGAGACUUUCGAGAGGGCCGCGUCGACUUACUGCGCAAAACAGCAAGUGGCCCUCGACGCAUUGCGAGAUCGCCGCCGCAAGGAUCCGAAAUUAAACGCUUUCCUGAACGAGAUCGAGGCGAAUCCCCUGUGUCGGAGGUUACAGCUUAAGGAUCAUAUUUUAACCGGAAUGCUCAGACUGACCAAAUACCCGCUGCUAUUCGAGAAUUUGGCGAAAUACACGCCGGAGAGUAACGAUAAGGAAAAGAACGCGGUUCUACGAAGUUUAGAUCGCAGUAAGGAGAUUCUCAGUUGCGUGAACCAGGCAGUACGCGAGGCGGAAGAUUAUCAGAGGUUGGCAGAGAUCCAGCGUACCAUUGACAGAACCGCGUUCGACAGAUUCGACCAUCCGACAGUUCAAGAAUUCAAAAACCUGGAUAUAACCAAGCGUAAAUUGAUUUAUGAGGGACCAUUACAGUGGCGUAGAACCGAACAAAAUCGAGCGAAACCGGUGGACUUGCACGUGGUGCUGCUCGACGAUACGAUACUCCUUUUGCAUCGACAAGACGAAAAGUACCUGUUAAAGUUCAUCAACACGAAUCAAGCAAACUCCGUGUUGAGCCCGAUCGUAAAGGUCUCCACUGUUCUCGUAAGGCAUAAUGCCGUGGAUAAGAAUUCCCUGUAUUUAGUGAAUACAUCGCAAAACGGAGCACAGAUCUACGAUCUGGUCGCAGCCUCGCCCGCGGAGCGGAAGCUAUGGUGUAAACAUAUAUCCGAGGCAGCUGAAGCGUACAAGGCUCGUGAUAAGCAAGGUAGAAGACCUACUCCACCCACUACACUGCCAGAAGAACCUGGACCUACGAACGAGGAUACUUCCUCGGCGGAACAUGACAAUAUUCCUGAUAAAACGGAUCAGGAGCCACAAGAACAAGAACCAGAACCGAAGGAAUCCGCGCCGGAUACUAGCAUAGAACAAGAGGGAGAAUCGCCUAAUACUCCUGGGUCUGAGAUUUCUAGUACCGAACAAAUAAAGCAACAGCAACAACCACAGCCACAGUCGUCUGAACCUCCAACAACAGGCGCAAGUGAACCAUUGCGACUGGUUACUUGUACCCAAGUAUCGUUAAUAGACCCGCUUGAGGUUCAUGUAGAAGUACCUCCUGUACACGUUGCCGAACCGGUGCUUACACCUAUAGAACGUCUCCGAAGAAAAGAUGAAAUAAUUAAACAAGCUCUGAUCGAGAAACAAACGUUGGUAGCAGAUAUAUUAAAUAUUCCAAAAGAAGAUUUCGAACAUGUGGCGGAUAUGGCGUCCGAACCAUCGAGCCUGGAAAAAGAACCUGCUGAACUUAUACUCGCUGCUAUUAGUCAAGCGAACCAAUUGGUAGGAAUGUUAAAUUCCGCGUUAAACGUAAGCGAAACGGAAACUGUUCUUGCAUCGCGUGGAGCAUCAGCAUUAACAACACCACCGAGUUGCGAAGCAACUGGAUGCCCAUCACUACGAGUACACCAUCAUUCACAACAACCAGCGAUAUCUAUCGCUAGUUUACAACCAGUGUGUCACUCUUUAACAUCUCAAUUGUCACAGUUGUUGGAGAUUAUAAAAGAACGGGAGGAGGAACGUGAAACAUUGAGAAAGGAAUUGCGCAGAAGUAGAGAACGUCUUCACGCUCUUGACGCGGACAUACAACGCCGCGAAUUCUCUGAAACGUAUACCACGUCGAGUCACACGCAAACUGAACCCGGUGAAGGUGUGAACAAGGAUAGCAGUAUUGACGAUACAGCUCGUGAUGAAUUUGUGGAUGCAUGCGACGAGUCUGAAACACGGGAAGAAUUGGAACACGAGACAGAAACGAAAGUGAUGGGAGACAGUGUAGGUUGAAAACGUCCCACGUGGAAGACGUUGUAUUUAAAAAUUAAUAAUCGAGCAGGUGCAUUUCACGAGCAAGAUAAUUUCCGAACGCUCAUACUGGAAGAAAUCAAAAUCAUGUAAAAACAAAAAAAGAUUAAAAAAACUGACAAGUGGCGAGUAGCUGUUCAUGGAAUACAAUAAUAUUAGCUACAUAUUUAUAGUCAUGGGUCAAUGAUUAAUCAUACCUUUGCCAAAGAUUUUAUGUAACUGGAUCAUAUAUGACGUAGAGGCGUACGCCAAAUUGCGUUAUAUUAUCAAUAGCCGGGAAUUACACGAAUAUUUUACAAAAACGGUAUAACAAUUCAAUUUCUUAUGUCACAUCGCGGAGGAAACCCUUUUUUGAUGAAGUAUUGAGAAUCCCAAAUAGAUUGCUAAACUUAUUCUUGUUCAAUGUCUCUCUUAUACGGAAGAGGCUUGUACGCUUAUCAAAGAGUUUUCUUUGCUGUAGAUUAUUUUAAAAUCUAUGUUGUUAUACUACUCCGAAACUAUACUUAUUAUUGUAUACAAGUUGUUACACCGUGUGUUUUGAACGGCAUCGAUUUUUACAACCCAAUGUUUUGUAUACAUCAAUUUAUAUAAUGAAUUUUUCCCUUGGGAUGAUUUUAAGGAAAAAGAAAGAAAUUAACUGAAGAUCAACAACUUACUAGAAAUUACUUUGAAAUACUUAUUGUUAAUGCAUUUUAUACAGAAAAGAUAUUUACACGAAUAUAUAUUGCGAAUGCGUUUAGAACAAUUUAGUUGUUCAUCCGAUGAAACAUACCUUUUGUGAUCUGCUGCGGUAUAUAUUUGGAACCAACUGUGUUAGAAUUAAUUCAAUAGUCACGAAACAAGCAAUUUGCAUUUAUACACGGAAAUAUAUAGUCGCAUAGGGACGCGUCGAGUAUUUCGGCAUAAACGAAUACACAUUGAUUAAUGUGGAGUAGCAAUUGUCGACGCAGUAUAUAAACACGCUUUUUAUAUGCUUUCAUUAUAUCCCGUAACCGAAUGUUCAGGAUAUUAAUAUUAAGAUAAAUUAAUCCAUCAAGCAUUAUUAAUGGUAUUGAAAUCUUACGAACAGAAUACAAAUUUUUUACUGUUUCUACGGUAAAAAGAAAAUUGUUAUAGUAAUCCUUAUUUCUAGCAGAUUUUAUUAUUUGCAAACGACAUUUGCUUUAAGAAGAAUUAGGCCUCUCGGUGCUACGCUUGCCUAAACGAACAAUGAAGUUCCUCAUUCGAAUAUAAUGGAAUUUAGGAGUAGAAAUAAGAAAAUGAAAGGAAAAGAAUUUGUAUACUAUACUCGGAGAAUCCUGAACAUGACUGGUAACAUCAAAAUUAUGAAAGAAUAAUUAUAGGUAAAAGAAGAGCGAUAAUUAUUGUAAAACACCUUUACAAAUGAAUUUAUAUAGCAGAUGCAUACAAUAUGUACAAUCAUGCACAGAUAAAAAUAUUACGGAAAUAUUUUACCUCUGUUCAAUUAAAUGCUAACGUCUUGUUAAUAAAAAUAAUUGGUAGAGAAAACA